UAAUAUUCCAUACAGAAGCCGUGGCCGUUUUCUGCCUUACUCUUCCUUUCGAGCUAUCGGUUUUGCAGAGAUUUAAGUGGCAGAAUAUAAAUGUAUUGAUCCUGGAUAUCUUUUAGUAUAAAUAUCAGUCAAUAUUCAUACCCGUGACUGGUGUGUUAAAAAAAAAAAGAAAGAAAGAUGCGUAGACCUGUAAACACAUGUGUUGAUACUUCUAAAAUUUCUUUGAUUUCUCUUUACAGUUUGUGGACAUUUAAGUUUUAUUGUUCUUGAGUUUUCUUUCUCUUUAAGAAAAAAAAUUGAAUUUGUGCUUCCGACUUCGUCAUUGUGUACAAACAACUUUACAGCCUUAUCACGUAUUUCUGCUCAAAUAUAAUAUGUUAUAUACGUCAGGGAAUCAGUGAAAGUGGUUACAAUCAUAAUGAUGGACUGACGCUGUUUAGUCGUAAGUUCGAAAAUCAUGUGUUUUUUUUUCCCUCUAUUAUUUGAGUACAUAAUUUUAUUUUAACAAAUCACUGAAUCUUUCAUAUACGUCUUGUCGUUCUUAUUGACUCUUAACCGAAUUCCCCCCCCACUCCACAUCGCAGAAAACAAUUGAGUAUAAUAAAGGUCUUUAAAUGUAUGAAAUCGUGAGCUGCCAGUGUGAAGAAAAGAUCAUCCUUUUCUAAAAAGUGCUUGGCGAUUUGUUUCAAUCUUUGCUGUUCAGUACUCAAUCGCCGCUUAUGAGCUUAUGUCAGGCUGGCGUUGAUUGCAACGAGUAAUGAAUAGUAAGGACUUGAAGAGACACAUGACGUUAAACUGGUGUUCUCUAGCCAUGAUGUCCUCAGUCGGUUUAUGGCUGUGUAAAAAAUGCACUUUAUUUUACAACUUGGUCUAGUGCUUAACUUAACCUAAAAUGGUUAAAUUAUAGCCGCGAACUCAAUAAAUUAGCCUUAACCUAGACCAGUGGUUCCUAAUCUGGGUUCGAUCGAACCCCAGGGGCUCGGUGAGUCAGUCUCAGGGGUUCGGCGGAGGUCCAAAAACAAUCAGAAAAAAAAUAACAUAAUUCAUUUUUCGUAUUAAGAAGGGUUCGGUGAAUGCGCAUAUGAAACUGAUGGGGUUCGGUACCUCCAAUAAGGUUAAGAACCACUGACCUAGACCAAAUGUAUUAUAUUUCAUAUCAAACGUGAAAAAAACAUAAAUUCAUAAUUACAUUAAGCGUAAAUAUGAAAUUAUAGAAGUACCCAACAUUGUGUAAAAAACAACAUCAUGGAGCCAAAUGGGCUGUUUCACGGGUGAGACUACAAACAUAAUUUCACUCUUUUCCCUUACCUCGUCCAAAGACACAGCUACGAGUAGAGCCGCCCCUGUUGGCUCAGAUUGUGGCCCCACCCCCUAAAUCCAAAAAUUCCGCCCCUCCAUUUAUAGAAAAAAAACACCCGGGGUGCGUUCUUUCCCUCGACCCCCACCCCACCCUUCCUGUGCUAAUGCCCACACAGGAAAUGUUGAUCGGGUUGUCUAACGACGCGGGGAUAUAUCGAUGGAGUGUAUUGAUUUCUUGGGCCACAUUUCCCUUUGUUGUGGAUUCAGUGAUGGAGUAACGAUAACAGUGGCUGUAAAUUGAAUCGGUGCCUCUGGGGGAAAAUGAAAGAUGAACGGCCUGGGCGAACAAUGGAGCGUGUCUGGCUGGGUAAACUUUUGAUAUUGCCAAACUGGAAGAACCUUGGUCUUCUUAAUUAAAGUUAAAGGAAUGAUGACAUUAAUAGGCUGUAGCAUGCUACUUAAAGAAAAAAAAAUUAACUUCAAAGAAAUUCACACAAUAGUUAACUUCAUCGAUCUUUAAAUUUUUUAAAACUAAUAAUCUAUAUUAGAUUCAUAAUAAACAAAACUUACAUCAUCAUACCAGAUUUUUUGUACUUAUAUUUAUGCAUGCUUCUUAUAUACUCCUUACAAUUAAUUAUCUCAACCAAAAAUAGCUUUGAUUAUGUCAAAUUAAUGCCCAUAAAAUACACUGUGUCUGUAAAAAAAAAGGGAACGCUUUUGAAGAAAAAAAAAACAUGUAAAUUUUCAUAAAUUUUAGAGAAUCCAGCUCAUUUUAGUCCUGACCUAUUUACCAAAAAAUAACGAACGGUCCUUGAUAAAAUGUAUCAUCAUGUUAAAAUUAAAAUGAGUUUUGGACUGUUUUUAAAUUGAUAGAUAUUUACUUUUAGUUUUCAUCCUAAUAUAAAUGGUUUCCUUUUUUUUUCCGGACACAGUAUAUAUACAACCAGUGGCGUAGUUAGGAUUGGUGUCACCUGGUGCGGUAAACUCAUUGUGUAAUCCAUCCCCCCCCCCCCCAACCUCCCGACUUCCACGAUGUAUUUAUUCUUGUUAAAAUAAGUACUCAGUAUAACAAUGUCAAGAACAAAAUUUUUUUUUUCCGGACACAGUAUAUAUACAACCAGUGGCGUAGUUAGGAUUGGUGCCACCUGGUGCGGUAAACUCAUUGUGUAAUCCAUCCCCCCCCCCCCAACCUCCCGACUUCCACGAUGUAUUUAUUCUUGUUAAAAUAAGUACUCAGUAUAACAAUGUCAAGAACAAAAACAAUGUAAUUGAAGGUCAAGAGGUAAAUUUAUUUAAGAAUUGUAGCAACGUUAAUUUAAAAUUAUUUUUAACAUUAAAUUAACUUUCUUACAAAUUUUCAUUUACUGGUCUUCAGAGCUGCAAACAAGUUAAUCACUUGAUCAAAAUCAAUAUCCUUCACCGUGUCACUCUCAAUUGAAAGUAAUUCCAGAUCAGAAAGCCUUGACUGUUCUAUGAUGGAUCGUAAAUAGUUCUUGAUAAAUCUUGUGAACGGAGCUUUUCAAAACUAAGAUUUAUUAAAUUGUUUCCUACGAUCUGUAGCUUCAUGUGAACGGAGCUUUUCAAAAUUAUGGAGCUACAGAUCGUAGGAAACUAUUGAAGGCUUAGCGAGAGUAUUGUAAAAUAUUCUAGUAUGUCCCAUUCAGCUAUUCACCUAAUAAUAGGGUCACUUCAUUUCUGACGCAUCAACUUGAACUUUUAAUAAAGCACGCAUUUGGAUUGGUUACAUGUGUGGAAAAUGUACGCGUGAUCCGUUAUCCUUUUAUGAAAUUUGGUUAGACCAAGCAGUCAGUGCCGUCUUAAGACAUGGGCCCAGUGGGCACUGGUACAAGGGCCCCACUUUUCUAGGAGACUCACUCUUAUAGAGGCAUCAUGUUGCACGUAUUGUUAAUGAAUAUUGAAAGAUUUUGGCAAUUUAAUUUUACCGUAUUUAAAAUUUAGUGGACAGCACGUUAACCCACGAUCAUAUCGGCCAUUCCAAAAUUAAUAUUAUAAAUGCGAAACACAAGUUGGAUACUUUUUAAACUUUUACAGGGGAAUGACUCUCGUCAACAAGUUUUAAUUCUCCCAGAUAUGAAUCGAAAAAUAAUUAAGUAAGAAUAUUUGUUUACAUUAAAAUAAUCAUGUUAGACAAAGAUGUUGACCCCGGGCUGUAAUACGCCACUGCUCAGUAGUGAAAUUAGUGGAGCUAAGUCUAUUAUUGCACUAUGCCAUGUACUUCUGAAUUUAAUUAGCAAUCUAUAAGGAAUUUGUAGGUCACAAUCACAAAUGAAUAAUUCUUUUUAAAAGUAAAUUUAUUUUUUAAAAACAACAAAUAGCUAUAUAUUUUCUAAACAGAAAAAUAUUUGGCUGAUUUGGAGAGAUAGCACCCUGACGUCAUUUGCGUGUCUUGUCCCUGGAUCCGAUAGGCUCGGAUAGGGUCAAAACCCUGGAUCCGAUAGGCUCGGAUAGGGUCAAAACCCUAGUUCAGAUAGGAUUAGGGUCAAAACCCAGAUUAUGGAUAAGUUUACGGUUCAGGUUAGUUUUAGGGAUAUAUUUAGGGUUCAGGUUAGGUUUAGGGACACAUUUAGAACAAUUAAGUUUGCGGGUCACAGCAAUCAAAAUGGCGGCCGCGGUGCUAUCUCUCCAAAUUUACAAAGUAUUUUGUUUUCUGUGUCUGAAAAACAUAUUUAGAUGAUAAAUUAUAGAAUCCAACAGUGGUACCGUAUGUCUGAGCUGAAGGCAGAAAUAUAUAUGCAUAUAUGUAGACAUCAUUGUUACUCACUGUUUAAAGGGGAAAGUCAUUUUUUUAAAAUAAUUACCUUUAUCUUUUGAAGGGAUCGCCCCUAUUACAAUAUAAAUAUUUGUGACAAAUGAAUAUUUUUCUAGGUGUAUAACCCUUUAAGCGGGAAUAAAAAAGUAGUUUUAUGAUUGGAGCACAGAAGAGAAAAAGAGUUGCAGAGGAUAUAAGGAAAACGGGUAAACUUGCAAAAUUAACAUAUUGGUUAAAUUCAAUCGAAAUAUCAGACACUAGUACUGCUCUUCAAAAUAAAGUAGCGUCACCUACAUCCACUAUUGUAUCCAGCCAUCGAGUUCCAGAUAUACCAUUACCUCUUUUACCUGCUGGGGGCAUUGUAAAAGAUGAAACAUAUAAAGCUGUGCAGUCGGAAAACCUGUGUGUCAUUCACGACACAGAUCCAGGGCUAUGGAAAAUUAAUAAAAGUUGCCCAUAGUUGAGAACUGGAAUCGCAGUGGGCCAGCAUUGUGCCAGAGAAUCAUGACUGCAAUCUUUCAAACUCAGUCAGAGUGAACCCUGAAGCUGGAAAAAGAAAGAACCAAGACAAGGUAUUUUAUCAAGGAACAUGCCCCGCCACCGUAUCCAACACGAUCAGAUCAAUACAUCUGACAUAGCCACAACGAUCGUUUCGAUUCAGCCUUAACAAUCCACUUUGAUUUCAUUAUAUUUUUAUUCAUAUAAAAGUCAAAGUAAAAUAAGUGUGUUUUGAUUUUUCAAGCCAUUCAAUCACUCGAUUCUAACAUAAAAUUCAAUAUGGCUUAAAGAACCAGCUGAAAACUGGGUGCAUAUUCGAUCUUUUGAUUUCAAUUGUUUUCUGUCUUUAUUUGAAUCGUUGCCAUAAACAAAAAGCCUGUUGUUAUUCGAUGGCAGAUGGUGUAAGCUUCAUUAAGAUGUAAGCUUCAUAAAGAUGAAAGAUUCAUUAACCCACCACCUAGCCUAAAUAACCCGAAACUUUAAACCAUAAAGAAAGAGAGAAAAAAAGAUGGAGUGAAUGUGAAGUCAAUGGAGCCUUUAUCGAAAAUAAACUGCCCUAUGAACGCGCCGUGUCAAAGCUUGCAUGCCAGACAAGAAAUCAAUUACCAGAAGAACAUAGAAAAGCCGAUGGUGGACCCACUCCCCUCCAUCCACGUCCACAUUUUCACUGUUAUUGAAACACGUUAUCAUGUAAGCUGAGCAUUCGAUUUUUUAAUUUUUUACUUUUUUUUUUAUUGAAUUUUUUUUUUUCUUUUUUUUUUUUUCUCUGCGCCUUUAAAAAAUAAAAAUAAAAACGUUUUUGCUUGAAAAAUUUUUUUUUCCUUUUUUUUUUUUUUUCACUGUUAUUGAAACACGUUAUCAUGUAAAAUGAGCAUUCGAUUUUUUAAUUUUUUACUUUUUUUUUUAUUGAAUUUUUUUUUUUCUUUUUUUUUUUUUACACUGCGCCUUUAAAAGAUAAAAAUAAAAACGUGUUUGCUUGAAGAAUUUUUUUUCCCUAUUAGUUUUACCAGGAAGUAUUGACCUGCGGUCAGAUAAACAGAGAACGGCAGCACGCGGGAUGAUAGCAGUGAAGUGUGGAUUGCUGUAUAGUUCUAUAUUCUUCCUGUGUAUGAAGUUGUCGGUUAGUGCUUGGGUAUUGAUUCCAAAGCUUUCUUUUGAAACACAGCUGUAUGCCUAAUCGUUGUCUGUGCUGUACGGUAAAGAAAAAUCAAAAAUUAAAUCGUAGAUGAAUGUUAAUUCGCUAACAAAUUGACGGGGCUUGUCUAUUUUAUCACACACUCAAUAUUACAGUAUUACAGUUUUUAUUUAUUUUUAUAACAUUAUGUCCAAUUUUGAUUUUUUUUAAAAAUGGUUUAUCUCAUGUGUUCAAUCCAGGGGUCCUCAAACUUUUUAGUCGGGGACGUUUUAUUGGCCAUUUGAAACUUGUGGGCCAGUUUAUUGUCCAUCGGACACAGUUGGGGGCCAAACUAUAGUUUGAAAAUAAUAAUAUGAACGAAUUCCUAUGCACACAGCACAUGUAUUUUAAGUAGUGGAAAACAACACACUAUUCAAAUGAAUAGCAUUUUAAACAACAUUAUGUUACGGUAUUACUAUUUCAAUGGUAAUUAUGGGCUUUUAUUCGGCUUAACAGGUGGUAAAUAUUUAUUUCCAUAUUCCUCACUACUACCCGGGCACUCGUACUGCGGCCAGGAGGGCCGGGUGAAGGACCCCUGGCUGGCUGGAUUAGGCCCGCAGGCCGUAGUUUGAAGACCUCUGGUUUAAUCAUUACGCAUAUUUCAGGCCGUAGAUUGAUGUGCCUUACGUGACUAUUAAAAGAGAAGAAGAAAUGACCAAGUCCACCAAGCCGCGCUGAAAGAUUUCGUGACGGUAAAGAUGUAUUUGGUUCUGUGCUUAACCUGACAAAAGUGUAGUUGCAGAUGUUGGUUCCUAACACUGUGAAAAGGACCAAAAAACAACAAUACUUUGAAAUAUUAAUAACUUGAGGUCACGAUCAUGCAAAAACGUCACCAGGCUCUUCUCAUUGCAAACCAUGAGUUUUUGGUUAGUGAGAUACCUAUGGACGCCACCUUGGAGGCGAUUCGUGAAAAGAGAAUUCUUACUUGGCAUGAUUUUGAACAAUUGAAAACUCUCAGACAUCAAGGCCGGAAAGCACUCGCCAGGUAAGAUUGUUUAAAAUGCCAAACUUGUUUAUUAUUUUUAGACAAAAAUAUUAGCAAAAUUAUUUUUAAAAAUAUUUGAGCUUUACACAUAGGCCUAAAUCUUUUUAAAUUACAACGCAGCCAAUUUAGUAAAUAAGAAACUGCCUAAAGUGUUCCCAUUUUCACAAAUAAAGUUUGGAUCUAUAUGGCGCACUUUCUCUCUCCCUCUCUCUCUCUCUCCCUCUCUUUCGAUCUCUUUCUCUCUAUCUUUCUCCCCCUCGAUCUUUCUCCCCCUCGAUCUCUCUCCCCCUCUCCCUCCAUCCCUCUCUUUAUCUCCCUCUCUCUUUAUCUCCCUUUCUCUCUCUCUCUCUUUCUCUCCCUCGACCCCUCUCUCUGUCUAUUCCUAGAUCUCUCUCUCUCUCUCACACACACAAACUCUUCCUCUCUCUACUUAUAUGUGGUUGAAUUUAUAGAAGUAGAAGGGUGGAAAGAAACAUUCAAAUAAAAAUGGCUGAAAAAUUGAGACUAGAUCAUGGAAUUUUCAGGAAUCAAUACUAGAUGUGGCCUCUGAAACCGACCCUCACCCCCCCCCCCCCCCCCCCCCCCACCAAACAGGCAGAGAAGACUUGCAAAUUAAAUCUAAAGACCUAUCCCAAAACCAACGGCGUAUAUCGAAACAGACAAAAUCGAAAAGAUAUAACAAGAAAAGUCCAGACCCAUCACAGACAAAUCAGUGUUACCCCACCUAUCAGCAAUCUUCACAGUUUACCCCAGUAAACAAAGUAAUGUUGCUAUUUUCUCAGACUGCAAAUCAAUACUUCAGGAAGCUGGGCAUCAAGAUCUCACAACAACAAGAGCAACAGUAGAAAUCACUACUUCUGAGAGGGAAUACUUUCCUCGAGACCUAUGCAGUCACUCUAACCUUACAAUGGAAAAGGACACCACAAUUUACCAGGAAAUGAUAGAGCAGACAAACUAGCAAAACACGGGAGCACACCCAAUGAACAGCUAAACCAAACUACAUCAUUCGACAUUGCAAAUCAGAUCACCAUAGCUAACAAACAAGAAGAGUGGUUAAAUGGUUGGGCUGUGGGCUCAACAAUAAGAUGUGGUUUCACACAAAUUCCCAGCCCAGCCCUUAAAGGUCCAAUAAAUUGCAUCCAAAGACAUCAACAGGUCAUAAUCUUUCACCUGCUCACACAACACAUACAACUAAAUUCCAGCAUACAACCACAUAAAACACAAAAGUGCCUCCCCUCCUUGUUUAUGUGUAAACAUCCAAAAUGACAUAGCAACACAUCUCUUCCACUGCCUGGCAUUUCCGGACUUACGCCUUAAUCUACCUUCCAAAAAGCACCAAAACUACACCAAAAUCCUAUCUACACAAAAGAACACCCACGGAGAGUGUACAUUCUUCACCAUUGCGGCAUGCCGAAGGGCACAUACCAAAAUGGCCACUGGAUCAAAAUGUUGAUAAUGAUCUCAAAUGACAUUUUCAACCCCCAAAAAAUAAAUAAAUAAAUAAUGAUAUAUAUAUACUUUGUCUCUUCAAAAUGAAACCUCGACAAUUCUCCUUUUUUUUUUCCUUUUCAAACGUCCUUCUACUUAACUUGGCACGAGUGACCUGUUCACAGAUUUCACAGAACAAAUCCUUGCGACAUCCAUCGAUCUCGUUUAGCGAUGCAUUUUAACAUAUUAAAAUUAAAACCCAUUAUUACAUUUACGUACAAAAUGUACAUUGUAAAUGUGUGAUCGCAGUGACGCUUGUAACAGGAAAUAAUUCAGAUGGGAAAAUCUAGGCAGUUCGCGAAACCAAUUACUUCUAGGCCUAUGUCUUUUGGAUUUUUCUUCGAGGAGAAGAAAUCGUCCUUUAAUUUAUGCAUUGAAACGGCAUGAUUUCUCAAGAUGAACCAACAAUCCCAAUUCAAUUUCCAGUUCUAAAAUUGCAGGUACUUUUUGGCUGUGCUUCCCCAGAGGGGACCUAAGGCCUUCCAUGCGUUGCUGGAGUCGCUGCAAGAGGCAAACGCCCAACACCUUGUUGAUUUACUCUUACAGCAAGCAGGGGCAAUGAACCUGGAUGACUUGUUUAAGGUAGAGUUGUAGAUCCUGUGAUUUGAUCUAUUCGUGCUACUGCUUGUCAAUUCAGACACGUAAUAAUGGACAUUUUAAACACAAUAUAAAAGGAUGUGCUUAUUUCGUGAUGAUUUGAAACGCUCGUCUCGGGGAUAAUAUGGAACAUUGUAUGUGCAACACCUUAGACACGGUCAUGGGCAGAUCUAAGAAGUUUCACUAAACCCAGUUUAAUUUAAAGUGGGUUAAGGGGUAAAUCAAAAGAUGACAAUGAGGGUGGUAUUAUAAUAAUCUAUAGGUAGCUUAUAUGAGUAAGUUCUGUAGUGUAUACCUUCAGUUUAUAAUCCUAAAAAAAGAAUUAUCCCUGGCCUUGAGGAUUUCGUCCUGCAAAGUCCACACCAUCGUCACAUUGAGACGGACGGAUGCCAGCAGCAAAAAAAUAAUAUAUAUAUAUAUAUAUAUAUCUUGUAAAAAAAUAGUCAACACUAGAGCGUUUAUUAUUAUAACUGUGCAGUUCAAAAAGCAAUUUAACUUUCUGCUCUCCUAACUCUUUCAGACACCCGAGCCACCACGCUCACCCUCGGACACCCCACUGCCCCCAGGACCCGAUCCUAAUGAGUACGCCGUCCGUCUGAUGCGAAACGCUAAGUACAUCCGGGAAUUCGUUGACCCGGCAGACAUCAGCCCCGUACUGACACAGAACAAGGUCAUCACGCCCAGGGAGGCAGACAUGGUUCUACAUAUACAUGGACGCAAUAAGAAAUGGGACGUAAGUGGUCAUUAUUUCUUUUUACCGAGUAGAAAAAUCCCCCAUGACGGAUAACAUUUUUAAUACCUUUUUUUUUUUAGUGGUGGGGGUUGGGGGGGGGGGGAUGGGAGUGUGUUACUAUACCCCUUUGAGUAGUACUGCUUUAAGGCAUCAAGUGUUGAUUACAGUAGUUAUUUUAACCAGUCCAAAUUGAUAAAGAAAUAUUGGAUUGAUCGUGAUGUGCUGUUCUUCAACACCAAAUCAUAUCAGUACGGUACAUUAGACCUUAAGCGCACUCCACAAACACGAUAUAUUGAAAGGGCGCUGAGUAAAUGUUUGGCCACCCUACCAGUAUAAUCCAAAUUUAACCGACCUAGUCAUCCAUAAACUAUUUCCAACUAUACUUCCCCAGCUCCUUCUGGCGGCAUUGUUGCAAAGGGGCGAGCGAGCCUAUCAGGCCUUCAUGGCCGCGCUGUUACAAAAGGGCUACUCCGCCGUCUUCCACACCAUCCAAGAAACCACCACGGAACCCUCUGGGUCAGACGAGGACUCCGACCAUUACGGCGACAGCAACGACGACAUCCUGGAAUCCGACGAAGAGGUCAAAGCGGAAACAUCAACGUCUUGGAAACGGAACAGCGUGGCCGACAACCUGCUGAAAGACGCGAAUUCGAGGCAGAACUGGAGCAGGGCGGACGAGACGCUGCUGGCCAGGUCGGGUGACUUGCAGGCCGCGGACCCCGGUUUUAACCUGAUGAGCAACACGUCGCGGUGGGAGGAUACUGAGAACUAUGUCAGCCAGGCCGGCAGUGAUUGGGACGCAACUAACGAAAGGACUAACGGCAAACACGAGGCGCAGAGAAGGGGAUCGAGGAGGAAAAGUAACGGAGGCAAUUUAAAUUCAGUACAAGAGGAGUCUUAAUCCAGCUGUAUUAUAUGAAUAUCAUGGCCGUGACAAUAGACCAACAGUGUUCACAGUUGUGGGAUACCCAUAUUGAUAUCUACAUGACGGCUAUGUUGAAAUCUGUAUAUGUGGGCAACUAUAAAACCGGAUCUUUGGUAAGGAUUAGAUUUAGAUGACGACCAGAAGGCUUACAGUAUAUUUAAAAUGCAACCCCCCCCCCCCUAACCCACAGUCCAAAGCGACGGAGAUUAACUCAGUUUACCUUUGCCGUAACCGCUCCUAAUGUCUCAAGCCUACAUCUCCUGAUGUUCCUACAUUUCCUGUCUCUCAAGCCUACACUUCCUGAUGUUCCUACAUUUCCUGCUGUCUCUCAAGCCUGCACUUUCUGUUGUUCCUACAUUUCCUGCUGUCUCUCAAGCCUACAUUUCCUGUUGUUCCUACAUUUCCUGCUGUCUCUCAAGCCUACAUCUCCUGAUGUUCCUACAUUUCCUGCUGUCUCUCAAGCCUAUAUUUCUGUUGUUCCUACAUUUCCUGCUGUCUCAAGACUACACUUUCUGUUGUUCCUACAUUUCCUGCUGUCUCAAGACUACACUUCCUGUUGUUCCUACAUUUCCUGCUGUCUCUCAAGUCUACACUUCCUGUUGUUCCUACAUUUCCUGCUGUCUCUCAAGCCUGCACUUUCUGUUGUUCCUACAUUUCCUGCUGUCUCUCAAGACUACACUUUCUGUUGUUCCUACAUUUCCUGCUGUCUCUCAAGACUACACUUUCUGUUGUUCCUACACUUGCUGCUGUUCCUACAAUUCCUUUUGUCUCUCUCCCCAUCUCUAACCAUUGAAUCCCUGCCAUUUUGUUGAUUACAUUGUAUUGGUUGUCAAAACUAACAAAAUAAAGAAAAGCAUAACUUGAAAUGAAACCUGAAUUAACAAGUUUUUUGUUGUAAUUUUAAAUAAAUGAAAAAGUCU